GAAUGGCUCUCAUCUUGAGAUUGCAGAUUUUCCUGCUCUCCUGUCUUGUGUUUCUUGUUGUUCCCACCCAUACCUUUCUGAAUGCAACUGAGGAUGCAAAGGCUUUGGUCAUCGCUAACGAUCGCCUCUAUGCGUCCGUCAACAAAUCCACGGGCAUCAUGGAUGUGCUCAGUCUUGAUGGCCAAAACCUCCUCGGCACAAAAGAGUAUAACGAAGUCACUCCUGGAGGAAAUGCAGCUGGUCAGAAUGGCAUUGGACCAUAUCUGGAUUGUUAUUGUGUGCCUGCUGGCUCAUAUACACCUGGCAAAUAUGCGACGUUCAAGUUGUUUUCGGGCAAUGAUUCUACUGGUGUGCCGUAUGGUGGCAUCGUCAUGUCGGAGGUGUAUCCUUUUACUGGACAGGUGCUGGAGCAGUAUUGGUUCCUUCGGGAAACUGAGACGGGCUUACAUACNUUUUCCCGUCUUGCUUAUCAUAAUGAGACGAAGCCAUUUUUGCGGAACUUGCAAGAAUUCAGGACGUUGUUCAGACCAACGACUCCAUUGUGGACUCAUCUGUCUACCAAUGAGAAGAUCAAUGCUCCCUUACCUUCCUCAGACACUUUGAAGUACUCCAGAACGGUUCAGGAUGCAACAUGGUAUAUUGGCAAUUAUACCGAUGCACCAUACGUCGAGCAGUUUGCCGACUACUUUACCAAGUACACCUUUUCAGACGAAUGGAGAGACCACAAAGUGCAUGGAAUCUAUGGCGAUGGUUCCAACAGCAAGGACGGCUCAACUUUUGGUGCUUGGUUGGUGAUGAAUACUAUUGACACUUAUUUCGGAGGUCCAACACAUUCUGACCUCACUGUAGAUGGGAUCGUGUACAACUAUAUUUACAACGUUCCAAACAUCACCACCGGCUUCGACAGAACAUUUGGACCUCAGUACUUCCACUUCAACAAAGGCUCAAACACGACCAGUAUGGCGGAGCUGCGCGCAGAAGCAGAGCUGUUCGCCUCUCAAACCUGGAACACNUGUUUUUAUGACUCCAUCGCUCAUCUCGUACCAAACUAUAUCCCCUCGACACAAAGAUCGGUUUGGAGAGGCCGCAUAGACCUGCCGAAAGGCGCCAAACGUCCCAUUGCUGUGCUUGCUCAAAAUGGCGUCGAUUUCCAAGAUAAUGUGCUAGACACCAAAGCAUAUCAAUACUGGGGCGACAUCGACGAGAAGGGUAAUGUCGAGAUUCCGAUGGUCAAGCCAGGAACCUAUCGUCUUACAGUGUAUGCCGACGGAGUAUUCGGACAGUAUAUCCAGGAUGAUAUUGUUGUCGCGGUCGGCCAGGUCACUACAACCAAAGCGAAAUGGCGUGAGGAGUCUGCCGGCAAGGAACUGUGGCGCAUCGGCACUCCUGAUCGCAGUAGUGCAGAGUACAGACACGGCGAUCAGCCUGAUCCCAGCAAGCCUCUGCAUCCACCUGAGUACAGAAUCUAUUGGGCAAAUUGGGAUUUCCCAACUGAUUUCNNCCCUGAUGGAGUCACCUUCGAGGUCGGCAAGAGUGAUGAGAGCAAAGACUUCAACUACGUUCACUGGAGUGUCUUCGGUGGAUACGCAAACUCGAUCAGGCCAGAGCCAUACUACGAGAACGUCAACAACUGGACUGUAUUGUUUGAUGUGAAGAAGAGUGACAUAAAGAAAGCAAAGGACGCAACCCUCACCAUACAAUUAGCAGGUGCAAAAACAGCUGCCGGCAAUACAGACAACUGGAACGCGACACAGCCAUGGAACAACCUACCUCUGACAGUAGUCAUGAACAGCAACGAGCUGGAACCAUGGGACAUUCCAUCUGCGGUGAUUUGCUAUUCUUUGGCACAUAAGUAUCAGUUCGACAGCAAUCUCUUGAGAGAGGGUCGGAACAAGAUGAUAUUGAGUUUACCGUUUGCUGCAACAGAUUACGAAAGUGCUGUCCUUCCAAGGAGCACAUAUGUCCAGUACGAUAGUCUGCGACUGGAGGUCAAG